AUGCUGACAGAGGGGCCAUGGGAAGAACACGAUGAGGUCGACCUCGAAUUCCUGGGGAACAGCUCCGGCGAGCCAUACACCUUGCACACAAACAUUUACGCCAGGGGAAGAGGCGGCCGGGAGAAGCAGUACCGGCUUUGGUUUGAUCCCACUCAAGAUUUCCACACCUACUGCAUCCUCUGGAACCCAAAGGAGAUACUGAUACUUGUCGACGGCAUACCGAUCCGGCAGAUGAAGAACCAACAAAGAAAAGACAUCCCUUUCCCAUUGUACCAGCCAAUGAGGCUGUACAGCAGCAUCUGGAACGCCGAGGACUGGGCGACGCAGGGUGGGCGCGUCAAGACCGACUGGUCCCAGGCGCCGUUCACCUCGCUCUUCCGUAACUACAGCGUCGUCGCCUGCGUCCCGCAGAAGACCGCCUGGAUCUGUGGCCGAGGAUCUAGUGACAGCAGCUGGUUCACUCACGUCUUGGACGAAGAGGGGCAACGAAAGCUCAAGGAGGUGGAUGAGAAACACAAGAUUUAUGAUUACUGCGUUGACUCGACGAGGUACCCUAAUGGGUAUCCCUCGGAGUGUGGUUCGCAGUAG